AUGGACGAUCCAUGGGGCUCCCCGUGGGCAACUACCGACAAUGUCACCGCGCCGUCUACCAGUCCUUCCAAGACAAUCCUCGAACCUCCGCCCGCCGCCUUCUUAUCUACUCCUAGCAACCUAACCUUACCCUCUAGCCAGUCGCCAUGGCUGGAAGACGAUGCCUUCGGCGAUUGGGCGUCUCCCGACCCUGCGAGGGCCGCCAACGCGUCGCCCUGGGCCUGGGGCAACGAAGUUACACCCAUCGAGCAGCUCACCCCGAGUUACGAGCCUAGACGCAAAAGCAGUACUCCAAAAUGGCCUCGAAGCCGCUCAGCCUCCCCAGGCUUAAGGGUCCCCAUCACACCCAAUGCCAACUCUCCAGGCCGACUAUCGCCAGACCCGUGGGCGGCCUUCAACAGCGACGAACCGGAGCCUAUUGCGCAGCUACCUCAUAUACCCGAUAUACCGCCAACGGUGCUCGAAAAUCCUCAAAUUGAGCUCGAACCCGAUACACCGAGGCAGAUACCCAAGGACGAUAUAAUAUCAGACGGAACGGCGACACUUCAAUUUGACGACUCUAUUACAGAAGACACACCCAGUCCUUACCCAUUUGCGACUGCUGCCUCCGACAACUCACCUGUAGCCCCCGGACAGCAUGAUGAUGCAGCUACCUCUUCAGCGUCCACGACAUAUGGAGAUGAUGAUGAACUACCUGACGCCACACAUGUCGACUCGCCCAUCACCUCGAUCGAAGACAGUCCACUACCAAAGAGCAUAAAAAAGAAGGCGUCCUCCAAAGUACAGUCGCUCGUAGAAAUGUACGAUGGUAUAGCCAAGAGGACAAUAAUUACCCCGGAACGUCAAGUUCCGCCACGGCGUAGUGUCAGUCGAGAAGCCGAUACCAGCGCGGAUGAUACAUCAAUUCACGAUUCAGAGGACGUCCAAGCUGAGAACGACGAUUCGACUUUGACGCCGCCCUCGCUCAUUACCACCAAGCCUGCCACUGAAGAUCUAUCCGAUGACCGCGACAAUGUCGCGAAUGAAUGGGAGGAAGCAAGAAAGUCGAAACUUCCAGAUCACGACCCUUUUGUCGUGGAUCUCAGUGUCCUCGACUCUUUGAUACCCGAACCUACCAUUGAAAAACCCCAAGAUGCUGGUGAGGUAUCGGAUCGAAUCAUCACCGACAGCUUUACAGGCAUAUCAGAGCGCAAGAUGUGGUACCGUCUUUCGCGUCACGAGUCCCUCCGGAAGUUCAACGUGGGGGACGACGAUAACUAUGUCCGGAUCAGCUGGUCGAAUUCCACGAUGCGGGACGAGACGAUGCAGAUUGUGCGCCGCUGGAUGGAAGAGGACUCGAUGGGAGGACGGGCUUUCCGGGGCGGAUUGGCUGGAAAAGCAGGCGGCAAGUUCUUUGGUUGGGAUUCAACGACUGAAUCAUCGCCAGUCGACCUGGACAGAGUUUUUGGACGCAAGCAAAAGCGGCAAGCUCCUCUUCACCGCCCAACGCACUCGAUUGGCGCCCUGCCUUCUUUAUCGACGGCUCCCAUGGUACCCAGCUCCAAGGAGAGCACGCCAGCUUCGGCACAGCCAAAGGACAAUUGGGAAGGACUCGCAUCAUUCGGCUGGAGCACUGGUGCGAGCGACACGAAGGCGUCAGCCGAGGGUAAGGCGCCGGAGCGACCAAAAUUCGUCAAGCCGCUUCCGCUUGGAUUCGCCGGGUUCGACAAUACGCCAAAAUCGCAUGCUUCUUUGCCGGCUGCUUUUGCUGCCAGCAAACCAAUUGUGCCCAAGACUCCCACGGUAGACACGUCGGUUAAUCAACAAGACGAUGCCGAGGAAGAUGAUGAGUGGGGAGACAUGGUGUCUCCAACGACGGCUGAAGCGACAGACUCCAUGUCUAUUCCCAAGACGAGCUGGGAUUCGUUUUCAACGAACCCGCUACCCGAUAGCACGGCGUUCGCGCUUUCCGAUAGCACCGGGAGCGGCGGCUAUGCCAAACCCGAAGGGCUGGGCACCGGGAAUAAGACUGCGGAAGAGAGCAAAUCAGGGAUGAGAGAUAUUGGCAAUGUCAUCAGCCCCGCCCCCGCCUCCACAUCAGCUGCAUUUGCGGGCAUGCCGCCCCAGAGCCAAGGCGGUUUUAUCAACUCGCCAGAAUCGACGUCCGCCUUCACGCCAGCGUCGACGGUCAAACCUCCAGCAGACGUCUCCAUCGUGUCCUUCACCGACCCGCCAGCCCCAUCUUCUAACAAAGAUGGUAAACCCGGCGUAUCUGCGGUAGAGCUGCUUGGCACCACCCCUCUUACAACGGGUCUAGGAAUUUCAGCGGCAGCGCAGCCCCGAAAUAGUAUUGAAGAUUCUGACCUUGUACAGCAAAUUGUGCGGAAUCUACCGAACCUAUCAUACAUGUUGAAAUGA